AUGGACUUUAAUGAAGAGUUCCAGGACACGGUCGCAAAUUUGGUCUUUCCCACCUUCGAUCUUCUUGAAGACGCCAUUAAAAGAUUUACAAAGAUGACCGGGAAUCAGUUCGCCUUGAAGAAAAAAGUGCGUCAUAGGACUGGUGCCCCAAUGAGGGAAGCCCAUAAAUUUCGAUACGCUUUCUUUAAAUGUAUUUGUUCAUUUUCCACUGAGUGCGAAGCAUUCUUCAAUGUUGCUUCAAAGGGGCAAACGUUGCGUGUUACCCAGUUUUACAUGGUGCAUAAUCAUGCUGUUGUAUAUAACCCUGCCUUCAAACAGCAUGGUGUAGAUGAUGACGAUGGCUAUGACGUUAGAUGCGAUCUUACCGGCCAGUUUGAGGAAUUAUUCCCCGUUAAAUCUUUCAAUACUUUUGAUGAAUUUCUGGGGAAGCUGCAUGAGUUUCAAGAUGCUACAGGAUGUAUCUUUGUUAAGAGGAAUGCUGAUCGAUAUCCUCCAGAAGCCGUUGAUAAGCAGCAUCUCGUCUAUAAGGCCGUCAAAAUGGAAUGCGUUCAUUACGGCCAUCGACAGGAUUCAAAGAAGCAAAGUCACACUAAUUUAAGAAUAAGUUGUAAGAUUGGAUGCCGCUGCUGUAUACAUAUAUCCACAUACAAGGGUCGUGUUACAAUUGGAAAAUACUUCAUGAAACACAAUCAUCCUGUACCAAUAGAAGAAGCUAUUCAGUACCCUCAAGCGACGCACUUGUCUGCAAGUGAUGACUCGCAUUAUAAUGUUGUCUAUGAUGUAACCACUCAAUUCGUCGAAAUAUUUUCUUCGGGUCGGUUUUCCACUUAUCAGGACUUCUUGCUUAGGCUUGAGGAAUUUCAACGGGAAACAGGUUGUCUAUACAGUAAACGCAUGUCAAACAUGUGGCCGGCAGAGGCAAAAGAUAAGGCGCACCUUGUUUACAAAUUCGUCAUUUUCGAUUGCGUCCAUUUUGGUUAUACUCGAGAUAACAGUCGGCGCAGGUCAACGCAGAGAAGGGCUGGAUUUUGCUUCCGCGGUAAGGUCGGUUGCAAGUCAACUAUGCGAAUAUCCACCAUCAAGGGUUAUGUGGAGAUCGUGACUUAUGAGAUGAGGCAUAACCAUCCAGCCUCCCAAGAGGCGUCCGAUGAGUACCAGCCACAAACAUGGCUCCUCUCGGGUAUUAAUGUCGGUGACGAUGAUAAGGCUUUUAAACGAAGGCGAAGAUCAAAAAAGCAGGUUCUAGCCGAUUCUGCAGUUGCGGAAGCAGCAGUGCAGAAGACUGAUAUUAUAUCGGAUCAGCUAGCGAAGUUGAGAGAGGUGGCUCUGGCGGCGCCUCAAGACAAGCUGGCACUCUUUUGUAGCCAGUUGUCAGCUUUCGAGGCUCGAUGGCGGCAACAGCUGAUGACAGCGUACCAAAGUCAGCAACACCAAGACCCCUCACAGCCCCAACAGGAGGAUCUUCCGGAUCCUAAUGCCUCACCUCCAAUCAUUCCUGUUAGCGCAAACAUCAAACUGGAGACACUAUAG